AUGGACUUCUUUCUUGCAAUACAGCCUGUGUGUGAGGAGGAGAAGGUGUGUUCACGCAGAGAAGUGUGUGCGCGCGGAGGAGGAGAGGUGUGUGCGUGCGGAGGAGAGGUGUGUUCGCGCGGAGGAGAGGUGUGUGCGUGCGGAGGAGAGGUGUGUUCGCGCGGAGGAGAGGUGUGUUCGCGCGGAGGAGGAGAGGUGUGUUCGCGCGGAGGAGGAGAGGUGUGUUCGCGCGGAGGAGGAGAGGUGUGUGCGCGCGGAGGAGGAGAGGUGUGUGCGCGCGGAGGAGGAGAGGUGUGUUUGCGCGGAGGAGGAGAGGUGUGUUCGUGCGGAGGAGGAGAGGUGUGUUCGUGCGGAGGAGAGGUGUGUGCGUGCGGAGGAGGAGAGGUGUGUGCGUGCGGAGGAGGAGAGGUGUGUGCGUGCGGAGGAGGAGAGGUGUGUUCGCGCGGAGGAGGAGAGGUGUGUUCGCGCGGAGGAGGAGAGGUGUGUGCGCGCGGAGGAGGAGAGGUGUGUGCGGAGGAGGAGAGGUGUGUGCGUGCGGAGGAGGAGAGGUGUGUGCGUGCGGAGGAGGAGAGGUGUGUGCGUGCGGAGGAGAGGUGUGUUCGCGCGGAGGAGGAGAGGUGUGUGCGUGCGGAGGAGGAGAGGUGUGUGCGCGCGGAGGAGGAGAGGUGUGUGCGUGCGGAGGAGGAGAGGUGUGUUCGCGCGGAGGAGGAGAGGUGUGUGCGCGCGGAGGAGGAGAGGUGUGUGCGCGCGGAGGAGGAGAGGUGUGUGCGUGCGGAGGAGGAGAGGUGUGUGCGCGCGGAGGAGGAGAGGUGUGUGCGCGCGGAGGAGGAGAGGUGUGUUCGCGCGGAGGAGAGGUGUGUGCGCGCGGAGGAGAGGUGUGUGAGGAGGAGAAGGUGUGUGAGGAGGAGAGGUGUGUGA